AUGUCGAGGCACUGCGAGCUGUAUGGAUUCAAAGCAGAUACAGCACUUGACACUGAAUGGAAACUGCUGUUAGCAAGAGCAGGUAAAUCUUAUGUACUGUCUUACCGUUUUACGUAACGGCUAAUAGUGGUGUACAUUUCCAUCAUCUCUUUAUCACAGACCUUACGAUGGUCAUGUUAUUCUAAGAAAAUCUUCGGGUGCUUUCCAUUCAGCCCAAAAUUCCGCAAGUUUCGGUUAGAAAUCAAAUGGAAUGGACCAUUUCGGUUCGGUUCUACCAGAAUAUUUGGGAACGCCUUUGAAACUGGUCCACUUUGACCGGUCAGGUUAUAUCGGUCGGUCGAACCGAAAUGUCCCCUUCCAUUUGACAAAAUUAUUGUCUCCAGUACUUGCGCACCGCUCUUUUGUAUCCUGCUUGCAGUACAAUGAGCAAACGAGUUCAUCUCUUUAAAAAUCGCAGGCUUUCCGCGAUGUUAAUAUUUUGCAAACCUAAUAUUAACGCUUACGAUAGCAAAAAAGAUCUUUAUUCACCAUCCCCGCUCCGCCCACCCACGCACACACACCUGUCACUGAUACACAGACUUUAAAGACCUUUUUAUGAAAACGCGACCUCGAGUUCUCCUAGCACACGAGCCUCUCAACUCGCUCGUGAUGUAUGCAAUGGGAAAUUUCCCCUUUACCUUUGUUUAGGGGUAUUUGCAGUGGAAGAGUCCCACUUGUCAUUGACAAUAUGCCCUCGCCACAGAGCAGAAUUUGGUAUGCGCUGGAGAUCCUCAAAAGUGAAGUGUAGCAUUCCACUAGAAAUAGCUGCUCACAAAACAGCCUCGGUCAAAGGCGAUCGGCAUUUGGGCAGCGUUCUAUCUGCAUUUAUUUUAAACACUGAAGGAAUACUUAUUCAAGUUGGAUUGCGUAAGUUUAUCGUAACACAUUUGUAGCUAAAGUACACGCUUUAAUUUUAAACGCGCGAGGGCGUAAAGCAACAUAUGCGCAAGCGUUACAAUACCCUUUAUUCUCCUGUUCCCUUCCCCCCAAAGAAGAAAAUGGCUUUGAAGAAUAGUAAAGAAAUCGGCGAUGGCCUUUUAACAAGGUUAACAUUUAUUUUUGCCACAGCUCUUUGCAGAAUGUGCAAGCAACAUUUCGAGGAGACAAACCAACAACAGAAAGUGACACCCUCACCAAUGAUUGAAGUUACUCCAUGCGUAGAACUAGAGACUUCAGAAGCAAAUGUACGUAAGUAAACGGUAACCUUGGAUACAGACUGUUAUUCCAACAUAAAAAAUGCCGAAAUUCCGAAAGGGCUGAAAUAAUGUGAAUAACUGUAAACUUUGAAAAUGACUCUGAAAAUGAUUUUAAGACGAAUAGGUCAUUGUUCGUUUCUUUAAAUUCCUUUCGGUCUGGCCGGAGCGGGAGUAUUGAUAAUGAUAGCGGUAUGCAUGUAAAUUCAAAUUUUUCUUUUUUUUUUAAAUGACGUAUAACUUAAGUUUCGAACUAUACUAAAAAAACUAAUGCCUAGUGACAAAAUACACAGAAAUAUUGAAGUAACAUUGAUGUCUAAACGUCUUUUUUGUAUGUUACAGGAACAGCUCAAACUCAUCUCCAGGACAAAGUGAUACCGGUCAAUCUGUUGAAGAGUUCGCAAAAAGCUUUGGACGUCUUACAAUCGCUGAUGACACCUUUCUGUCGCCAGACACAAUAAGCACAGCUUCCACUCAGAGUGACGAGCCCACACCUGUGAUCUUACAUGAGCCGCACGUUAAGCUGAGUGAGUUCCUGGCAGCCUGCAAACUUGAACCGCUUGGAAAGCCAUGGCUUUCUUGGAGUGAUUCGUCUGAGCGAACAAGACAACGUCAGACAAGGAGAGCCACAGAAAUAGUAGCAACUGUACUAAAGAGCGUCACCCCUGAUAAUGCUGGUGAACUCUGGCGACGUCUAGCCUCUUCUACGGCUAUGAACAAGGCCCUAGGUGUAAGCGAGUUGUCACAUUCAGAGCAUUUGUAUUUAGAGGCCCUAGCAGAAGCGUACCAGAAUGCAACCAGCUGGGAUACCCGUAGACAAGCCUCUGUGAGAAAUUCACUGCAGGGCUUAGAUUAUUUUGCAGCUGAAGGUGCUCGCGCAUUUGAUGAUCUCGUGGCCCUCUUACGCCAAAUAGGGGAAUUAGGUUCCGGCAAGGAGUGGGAGACUACAGUUGUGCAAGCUCUUAUGACAAGCAAGCAGUAUUUGAAGGGGGACUAUAAGGUAAUGUGAAUUCUGACUCCAGCAAGACAGCUUGAAUAAAACUAAAAGUAAGUACUUAUUUUAUCUCGUCAACAAAAUCAUUCCGUAAAAAAAAAAAUUUUGUACUCUUUUUAUUCUCUAAAUGGUGCACGUGUAACUAUCUUACAUAAAUUCUCGAGAUUAACAAUGGGCGCACGAGGAUAGUCAAGGAUAGUCUUUUCUAAGGUUAAGGUUAAAAGUUAUUCGCCCCCUUACGUUAAUAAUAUAUGUUAGAUUAAAAAAUCAUUUGAUUAACUAUUAUAUUGAAGUAUAAGCACAGACAAACAGUAAUCUCAGUUUUGUUUUAUCAACAAGUUCAUGUCACUAGCCCCUCUAACGUAGCAGACCAUUGUGUGUUGUUUGCUCUUAGCGACAGCAGUGAUGCAGAUUACCAGCAACAAUGCAGUCACCAACACACUAAUCUUUGUGACCGUUGUCAAAGUCUUCAGGAAACUCUGGCAAAGAUUGAACAGGUCCUUGGCGAGACGACCUUUCCGACUCAUGACGCGAAAGACGAAGCGCUAUUUAUAUUCCAGACAGCCCAGCUGGCCAUAAUGUCCUGGAAAUGCCACAUCCUUAGAUCAGCUAACCAAGACCAAGCGAGAAUAGAUGCACUGGAGAAACUUGACGACAACACUGUCUUGAUAAUUAACGACUGGGCCAAGUUCCUGCCACAAAAAUACAGAGAGUCCCAAACCGACUGGUUUGGUAAGCGAGGUAUCUCCUGGCACGUUUCUGUCGUCUACCGUCGUGUGAGCGGGGUACUCCUGUGGCAGGGCUUUCUGCACAUAGUCCAGUCGUGCAAUCAAGGCAGUGCUGCAGUGGUUAAAUCAUGCAGGAUGUCCUGAAUACCAUCAAGCUGGAACACAGUGAGAUUAACAAGGCGUUCUUUCGCUAAGAUAACGCAGGAUGUUAUCAUUCGUCGUCCACCGUACUCUCAUGCCCAGUGAUAUCCUCCUCCACCGGCAUCGAAAUCAAGCGCAUUGACUUUUCUGGCCCACAGGGUGGAAAAGGUGCCGCAGACAGGCUCGCUGCAACCUGCGAGAAUCACGUCAGGACUUUCAUAAACGAAGGAAAUGACGUGACCAAUGCCGAACAACUGAAGAGUGCUCUUCUUUCGCAUGGGGGUAGAAGGAGUUCGAGUUGCUGUCAUUCAAAUUGUUGA